AUGUCAAAUUCAGAAGCCAGUAAAGUUUAUGAAUUGAUUGUUAGCUCAGUUAUCAACGAAGUUCGUGAAGAUUUUGAGAAUGCAGGUAUUGAUGAACAAACAUUGCAAGAUUUGAAAAGGGUUUGGCAAUCUAAAUUAACAGAAACUAAGGUGACUAAUUUCACAUGGGAUGAAGAAGUAUUUCCACACGUAGCUGCAACAGAAGGCCAGCAAUUACCGGGAGCUCCACAACUAAUAGAUAGUAAUCUUGAUGCUAAUGGAAAUCCUGUCACGAUUGUUAAAGAAGAAGAAGGUCAGAAUUUAGUAUUACCUGGAUUAAUUUAUGAUUCUAAUUCAACAAAUGGAGUAAAGACUGAAAAUGAAAAAAUGAAUAUACCGGAACCACUUAUGAAGAAGGAAGAGUCGCACUCAAUAAACCAAGUUAUCAAUAAUGCUAGUAGCGCUAAUGAUACUCAAGACACCGAACGAGAACAAACAGAUGACGUUCCUGAAAGUACCAGCCCUCAACAAAUAGAACUAACGAUAGAGAAUGCAAACGAUAAAACGAUAGACCAAUUACGAUUGCAGGAAAAGAAAGCUAAGAGAAGUGCAUUGUUGGAUAAUGAUGAAGUGGGUUCUGAAUUAGAUGAUUCUGACGAUGAUUAUUUGAUUAGUGAAGGAGAAGAUGACGGUCCUGAUGAAAACUUAAUGUUAUGUUUGUAUGAUAAAGUUACUAGAACCAAGGCAAGAUGGAAGUGUAGUUUAAAAGAUGGUAUAGUUACCAUUGCACAUAAAGAUUAUUCAUUCCAAAAAGCUCAAGUAGAAGCUGAAUGGGUUUGA